CGUCGAGUCGCGGUCAGAUCGCCAUGGACGAGGAUCUGUCGAUAGAUCACAACGAGCAGGUCAGUCACCACACCACACCCACGAACACCACCACAUCAGCGCAUGCACCAUCCCAUCUGCCCGUUCCAUGGACACUGCAGCAUGACGACGAGGAUGCAGACGGCGUCGCGCCACGGCGGCUCAACCACCACCACACCAACGUGAAGCCACCCGACCUGAGUGCCCCAACGCCCGAAUCAGACGCAGCAGCCCGGAGGGAGAAGCUGCGCGUCCAGCGUGAGGGCCUCCCGGUGUGUUCCUACCGUGAUCAGAUUGUGGGCAUGCUGACGUCUUCGCCCGUGGUGAUAGUGGUGGGCGAGACGGGCAGCGGCAAGUCGACACAGAUCUGCCAGUACCUCCAGGACAGUGAGGACUUCAGGACGGCAUGCUUCGGGGCGCAACACAAGGUGCGCAUUGCACCGCACGUGGGAUGGACGGCUGGUGGAUCGAUGGGUGCAUCCGAUGCGUCCGAUGGAUGCGUCUGUGUGUGUGUGGUGUGUGUGUCAGGAUUCCAUCCGCAUCGCCAUCACGCAGCCGCGUCGUGUUGCUGCCGUCGCCACCGCCAAGCGAGUCGCCGACGAGCGGGGCGGCAAAAUCGGUACGCACACCACGGAAGGAAGAUGCGCACGUGGAUGGGAUGUGCGGCUGGUUGGCUGGCGGCUGCAGGGGGGGAGGUGGCAUAUUCGAUUCGCUUUGACGACACGGCGUCCCCUCGGACCCGCAUAAGGUUUCUCACGGACGGGUGUCUGUUGCGGGAGUGCCUUCACGACCGGCAUAUCCUCAACUACCAGGUGAGUCCAUGCCAGCCAUCCAUCCAUCCAUCCAUCCUAACACACAAACAUCUCUCUCCCUCUCUCUCUCUCUCUCUGUGUGUGUGUGUGUGUGUGUGCAGGUGAUCAUCCUGGAUGAGGCGCACGAGCGGUCUGUGAGCACCGACGUGUUGUUCGGCAUCAUCAAGGGCGCCCUGGCCGUCAGGGCAGGCAACCUACGAGUGCUAGUCACCAGGUCGGCACAUACACAUGACACAAACCAACACGGGACCUUCAAGCAAGUGUGUGUGUGUGGUCAGUGCGACGCUGAACACGGAGCUGUUCAGCAAGUACUUCGGGAACGCUCCCGUGCUCAACAUCCCCGGCAGAUGCUACCCCGUCGACAUCCACUACUCACCUCUCACAAAAGGAACGCCGCACCACCACCACCACCACCACCAAAGAUACACACAACACAGACCAGCACAAUGUGUGCGUGUGUUGUGCGCAGGGGGCACUGCCCGCGUUGAGGCGUGUGUCAACGCCGCUUUGCGUCUGCACAUGGAGGAGAACGACCACCCCUGCGCACACAUUCUGAUCUUCGUGACGGGGAUGGAGGAGUGUGAGCGGGGCUGCACCAUGGCAUACGACAAGCUACAGGCCCUCAUGGAAAGCGGUCAGCCCCCCACCGCCGCCCCGAACACCCACCACCCACACCACAAACUCGGCUGCAAUCCAAUCUCUGUGUGUGUGUGCAGGGAGGGAGGUGGGCGACGUGUUGAUAGUGCCGCUGUACGGCGCCCUUGCGUCGGAGGACCAGCAUCUCGUCUUUGAGGAGGUCCCGCUGGUGAGUAACUCACUCACCAGUGUGUCUGCUCGUGGAUGGAUGGCUGGAUGUCUGCGUGUGUUGCGUCAGGACUGCCGCAAGAUCGUCUUCGCCACCAACAUCGCCGAAACCUCGCUGACUGUGGUAGGUUUGGCAGCGGACCGCACGAAGGCAGCGACCGUCUUGUACUCAUGUGUGUGUGUUGGUCAAAUGUGUCAGGACAACGUCGGGUUCGUCAUCGACUCGGGAUACGUCAAACAGGCAAGCAAGCACAUGAAUCCAGUGCCAAUGCGAGCGGCUUAUUGCGCUGCCUCGCUGCAUUCUCCCUCCCUCCCUCCCUCCCUCCCUCACCUGACAGAAAUCCUACAACGCCAAGACAGGUCGGCUUAAGGCAGGCAGAGAGAUGCGAGUGGGCUCACAAACGACGCAGUGGCAUGUUGUGUGUGCGUGUGUGUGUUGGUGGGCAGGGAUGGAUUUGAUCCAGACGAUGCAGGUGUCCAAGGUGCAGGCCGAGCAGCGCACGGGCAGGGCGGGCAGGACCAAAGCCGGUAAGUAAGCACGGCCAACCAAGCCAACCAACACACGACGCACACUUCCCUCUGCUCUCCUCCGCCCAACACACACGCGCAGGCAAGUGCUUCCGCCUCUACAGCAUCGACAACUGGAAGCAGUAGCCACCUCCCCCCACCCACCCACCCACACAGACAGACAGACAGCGACACAGACUCCUCAUUGUGUGGUCAUCAGUUUCCAGGCGGUGACGACGCCCGAGAUCCAGCGGGUCAACCUGUCGGCGGUGGUGCUGCAGCUAAAAUGCAUGGGCAUCAACGACGUCCUGCACUUCGACUUCCUGGAGCCGCCGUCGACCACCGCCCUGCUGCUGGCCUACAGGCUGCUGUACUUGCUCAAGGCCAUCGACGCGGAGGGGGCGGUGACCACUGAGGGGCAGUUUAUGGUCGAGGUGCCUCUGGAGCCGACGUAUGCACGGUGAGUGUGGGUGGAUGGAUGGAUGGAUGUGUGUCGCCGAGGGUCGAUCGUGUUGUUGGUCUGGCUAGGUGUGUGUUGGCGUCUACGUGGCUGGACGUGACGGACGAGAUGCUCACGCUGGUGGCCAUCCUCUCGUCAGAAAACGUGUGGGUGAGACCCUCCAAGCAGAACGAGGCCGCCGUCAACAAGGCCUCAAGGGCACACAAACAGUGAGUGCUCACCCACCCAAACCGCACACAGAGGAAAGAGAGACAAACAGACCGGCCGCAUGUGUUUGUCCGUCUGUAAUAACUGCACACAGGUUCCAUCACGCCACAGGCGACCACCUCUCCCUGCUGACGGUAUUCUCCGAGUGGCUCGACAACCGCACCGACCGCCGCCCCGACUGGUGCAAGUCCCACUUCAUCAGCCACCGCUCCCUGCGCAUGGCCAUGGACAUCCGGCGGCAGCUUAGAGAGCAGCUCGACAAGAUCCACAUUCCACGCAAACCGGCCGAUGAUGCCGACAGCCGGCUGGUUGAGGUGCGUCGAGUGCCGACAAGCGAGCGGGUGCGUCGGGCGCUGUGUGCGGGACUGUUCAUGCACACGGCGAGGCGGUCUGAGACGGUGGAUGCCUGGGUGAGUGUGGGCGAAUCGACGCUGGCAAGGCCCGAGAGGGACAGCGCGCUGGAGGAUAUGGACCCGCCCCCACAGUGGCUCAUUUACAGCGAGUGAGCAACUGCGUGACUGAAUGGAUGGAUGGAUGGAUGGGCGGACACACACAACGCACCUCUGUGUGUAUGUGUAUGUGUGUGUCUGUCUUUGUGUGGAUCAGGUUGUCGGGUCAGAGUGCUGGUGCGGCCAUCUUGCGGUGCGUGUCGGUCAUCGACAGGGAGUGGGUGGACGAGCUCCUCAAGCGAAUGGACCACGUCGACCUCAAAAAACUUGCAAACUACCACCCAGCCGACAGCACGGCCGAUGGGCGAGGCAGGGGCAGGUAGGUACACGCACCUCAGCACUCAGCACGUGCCUUUGUGCCUAGUCUGUUAUUGCAUGUGUGUGUGGUGUGGUGUGUUGUGUUGUGUGGGGUGUGCAGGAAACGUGUGCUUGAGAAGGACCCAGCAGCGCCUGAGGCGGCUGUGUCGACUGAGGAGCAGGGGCAGCGUGUGAUGAGUGCUAAGGAGAGAUACCUCGCCAGGAAGAAACAGGGCAGCUGAGCUGACGUAUGCUGAGCUGUGCGUGAAUGGAUGACGUCGUGUGUAAAUGAAGACAUUCCCCCAUUCAGUCCGACAUAUGACUGACCAGUCUUCAUC